GCCGUUCAAUUCAGACGUCUGUUGGCUGUUGUCAAAAGCAACGAAAGAAAAACGGGAGGAAAAGUGUUGUGUGAGCUGUUACGCGAGUAAGUGCAAGUUUGUCCGGUUGCGAAGGAAAAGAAAAAAAGUCGUCCCUGUUCGAUUCCUUCGCAGAUCGGCAUAUUUUCGUGUAUACCUAACUCGAAUCCGCGCCAGAGAAAUGGAGAUCAGCAAAACGACGAUCGGGAUUGCGGCCGGUGUGGCUGGAACACUGUUCCUCGGUUAUUGCAUUUACUUCGAUCAGAAGCGCCGCAAAGAUCCGGAUUUCAAGAAGAAACUGCGUGAGAGACGGAAAGCGAAAAAAGCAGCCUCCGCUGCUGGAGGACCACGGUCGAAUAUGCCCAACAUGGCCGAUCAUGAGGAGGUGCAGAGAUUCUUCCUGCAAGAAAUCCAGCUGGGAGAAGCUCUCAUCUCGUCCGGUGACAUCGAGAACGGUGUGGACCAUCUGGCCAAUGCAGUUAUUGUGUGCGGUCAGCCAGCGCAACUGCUACAAGUCCUCCAGCAAACUCUGCCGGCCCAAGUGUUCACUUUGCUGAUCAACAGAAUGCGACAGUACGGGAAUCAGAGCGGAGGGGAAAGCGAGCGAGCUAAACUGCAGGACAUGAACGACGAUUUGGAGUAGUUCGUGGCGGGUUUUGUGCGACUGGAAGUUUGAAACCAAAUAUCGAGUACGGCUGUGUUUCAACGGUCACACAGCCAGUUUGAUUCUUUUUUUUUUCGUGUAGUAGAGAGCAACUGUAUGCGAACAAAUAUGAAGUGCUUUAGAACAUAUAUCUAACUCGGAGAGGAGGAACUUUAGGGGAAAAGAACAGCAUUGAUAUGGCUAUUGUUUGAUCUUGUUUUUCUUUGAACCUUACUGAAAUUUUCUUAAUACAGUAUCAUUUGUGCCUGCCAGUUCUGCUGAAA